AGGGAGGAGCUGUCCGCUCGCCCGCUGCCGCCGCUCGGCUCCAUACCCGCCGGCGCAGCCCCGCCACGAGACUCUGACAGCGGCGCGGCCGGCGAAGCUCGGGCGCGCAGGGACCGGCGGACCCCGGCGGCGAAGGAGGACGCCAGGACCGCCGCCCGGAGCCAAGUGCGGGAGGCGCGCGGGGCCGGCGGCGCGCGGAGAUCUCCUCUGAGCAGCUGGGAGCUCAGAAGCUCUCUCCAACCCUGAGGAGUGGGUCAGCCACAAGAGCAAGAAGUGAUGGCGUGGAGUCCACCCAGGGCCUGAGGCAUGAGCAGAGUCCACGCCCAUUAGACCUGGAGCCUGGGUGUUUGGGGCUGCACUGCUGGGGAGAUCCAAGAAGAAUCAAUGCUUUGGCCCCUGGCGACAUGUACACGGUGUAAUGACAGCUUUAUUGUCACCAAGGAGCCACAGGGACAUGAAUAGACACAGUUCCCAGUGUCGAAAGCGAGAUAGCUCACCCUCUCAGGACUGCUGUGGAAGGUUGUGGAGAGAGGCCAGGAAGGAGGAAAUGAGCAGAUUUGCAGAAAAACUGGCGUCCUGAAAUUUAAAACUAAGGCGUCGGUGCUUACAGAGCUGCUCUGAGCUGUGAGCCAACAGGAGGCUGGGAGCUCUCCUCUAAAUUGCUUUGUGACCUUGGACAAGAACCCUCCCCUUCCUGGACUGCAAAUUUCCUCCUCUGUAAAAUGAAGGGUUGGGCUCUGGCUGAGAACAUGGCCAAUGACAUUGACGAGCUCAUUGGCAUUCCCUUCCCCAAUCACAGCAGUGAGGUCCUGUGCAGCCUCAAUGAGCAGCGGCACGAUGGCCUGCUGUGUGACGUGCUCCUGGUGGUGCAGGAGCAGGAGUAUCGGACCCACCGCUCCGUCCUGGCUGCCUGCAGCAAGUACUUCAAGAAGCUUUUCACAGCCGGCACCCUAGCUAGCCAGCCGUAUGUCUACGAGAUCGACUUUGUCCAGCCUGAGGCUCUGGCUGCUAUCCUGGAGUUCGCCUACACCUCCACGCUCACCAUCACCGCCGGCAACGUCAAGCACAUCCUCAACGCAGCCAGGAUGCUGGAGAUCCAGUGCAUCGUGAACGUGUGCCUGGAGAUCAUGGAGCCUGGGGGGGACGGGGGGGAGGAGGAUGACAAGGAGGACGAUGACGACGAUGAAGAUGAUGAUGAGGAGGAGGACGAGGAGGAGGAGGAGGAAGAAGAGGAGGAUGACGAUGAUGACACGGAGGACUUUGCUGACCAAGAAAACUUGCCUGACCCCCAGGACAUCAGCUGCCACCAAAGCCCUUCCAAGACGGACCAUCUCACAGAGAAGGCCUAUUCAGACACCCCCAGGGACUUCCCUGACUCCUUCCAGGCUGGCAGUCCUGGCCAUCUGGGGGUGAUCCGGGACUUCUCCAUCGAAUCUCUGCUGAGGGAGAACCUGUACCCCAAGGCCAACAUCCCCGACAGGAGACCCUCCUUGUCUCCAUUCGCCCCGGACUUCUUCCCACACCUCUGGCCAGGGGACUUCGGUGCCUUUGCCCAGCUGCCUGAGCAGCCCAUGGACAGUGGGCCACUGGAUCUAGUCAUCAAGAAUCGGAAGAUCAAGGAGGAGGAGAAGGAGGAGCUGCCCCCACCCCCACCGCCACCCUUCCCUAAUGACUUCUUCAAGGACAUGUUCCCUGACCUGCCGGGGGGGCCUCUGGGACCCAUCAAGGCAGAGAACGACUACGGUGCCUAUCUCAACUUCCUGAGUGCCACCCACCUGGGAGGCCUCUUCCCACCCUGGCCCCUGGUGGAAGAGCGCAAGCUGAAGCCCAAGGCCUCUCAGCAGUGCCCCAUCUGCCACAAAGUCAUCAUGGGGGCCGGGAAGCUGCCACGGCACAUGAGGACCCAUACCGGGGAGAAGCCAUACAUGUGCACCAUCUGCGAGGUCCGCUUCACCAGGCAGGACAAGCUGAAAAUCCACAUGCGGAAGCACACAGGGGAGCGGCCCUACCUGUGCAUCCACUGCAAUGCCAAGUUCGUGCACAACUACGACCUCAAGAACCACAUGCGCAUCCACACGGGCGUGCGGCCCUACCAGUGCGAGUUCUGCUACAAGAGCUUCACGCGCUCUGACCACCUGCACCGCCACAUCAAGCGCCAGAGCUGCCGCAUGGCGCGGCCCAGACGCGGCCGCAAGCCUGCUGCGUGGAGGGCCGCCAGCCUGCUCUUCGGGCCCAGCGGCCCAGCCCCCGACAAGGCGGCCUUCAUGAUGCCCCCCGCGCUGGGCGAGGUGGGCGGCCACCUGGGCGGCGCAGCCGUGUGCCUCCCGGGCCCCAGCCCCGCCAAGCACUUCCUGGCAGCGCCCAAGGGCGCCCUGAGCCUGCAGGAGCUGGAGCGGCAGUUCGAGGAGACGCAGAUGAAGCUGUUCGGGCGCGCGCAGCUGGAGGCUGAGAGGAACGCGGGGGGCCUCCUGGCCUUCGCGCUGGCCGAGAACGUGGCGGCGGCGCGGCCCUACUUCCCGCUGCCCGACCCGUGGGCCGCCGGCCUGGCCGGCCUCCCUGGGCUCGCCGGCCUCAACCACGUGGCCUCCAUGUCCGAAGCCAACAACUAGGCUGGUCCCUCUUGACUCCAGCCCACCAGCCCUCCAGUCCUUCUCCCUCCAGGCCCGCUCUACCCUACCCCAUGGAUCUGAACUUUUCAUUUUAAAAACACAAAGGGAAAAUGGGAAAUAAUAAUAAUAAUACUAUCAGUGAUGGCAUUUUCCCAGGCUCCUAAAGCAGUUGCCUCCUUUUGCUGGUCUGAGACGGGCAUCUUUUCCCACAAGGCCAGGAGCCCGGGCCUCCCUCCCUGGCUGUCUCUCUGGCUCUCACAUAGAAACUUGCACUGGCCCAUGCCACAAAGAACUGGGUGCCCAGGGGCACUUAGGAGCUGAGUGAGUUACGAGGGGUCAGGGGGUGGUUGGCCUGGUGCCCAGCCAGACGGAGCAGCAGGAGGUAGGGGCUGGGCAUGCACCUUGGUUAAGCCCCAUCCCCUAUGGCAGAGUCUCUGCCAACACUCCUCUGAGGGCUCAUUUUCCAGUCUCCAGUGGCCCCGGGGUCUUUUUGAGAACUACCCACCUGCCACAUAGAAAGAAAUGCUCUGUUGGCAGGGAGGCCUCCUGGAGCCAGUCAGGAACCAGGCUCUGGAAGGCCAGGGCCAUUUUUUCCCUGACCUGUCCUGUGACCUUGACAGGUCAGCCCUCUGUAGCUCAGUGUCACCCGGCUAUGGAAGGGGCUGGUAACUGAGGUUUCCUCCCUCCACCUCUAAACACAUACACACCUAUCCCCCCAGAGAAUCCCAGAGAUGGUAGGAGUUUUGUACUCCCCAAGUCCAUGGGGAAACAGUUUAUCUUUCUGGACUUAGUUUUAUCACAUCCAGCUCUAUAUUAGCAUAUUAGCAUAGGUGAGAAAUAUGACCAGACUAGACAGCGGUCAGGUCAUCAGGGGAGCUUCGGAGCUUCACCAAAGCCCCACAGGCAGCUCUGCGAACUCCGAAUGCUACCCUACCUUCCCUGCAGGCCGCUGUUCAUGUCUGGACCCCUGGAGGCACUACUUAGUGUUUACCCCCAUCUCCAAUGCCCCCUCCAAGGCUAUGCAGUGUCUUGGGGCUCUCAGGGCCAACAUCGAAGAGAUGGGGGCCACCUCUUAACACCUGGCAACUGUCUCCCCUCACCCUGAUUCCUGAAAACAGACAAAAUAUCUGGUUUUCUAGGGUUUAUCUGUUUGUUUUUUGAGUUGUGGGUUCCUCAGGGCCUUGGCAUUGCUAGUGAUGGUCCCCUUUGCUGUGUGAGAAGCCCCUCAACCCCUUCCUCCUCCCUCUGGGGAUGAAGUAGGAGUAUUUGGCUCCCCUUUUUUGACAAAAGGGCUCAGUGCGGGGAGGUGGAAGCCUCUGAGGUUUGAAGGGCUCUGUGAGUUAGAGCUGCCACAUGUCCUCCUGGUUCUUGAGUUUGCAGCAGGUCCUGAAAAGGAAGGCUCUGCUGGCCCCGUGCCUCCCUGACCUCUCUCCUUCCCUCCCCUCUCUUUUCGUGCCAAGUUUGCUUUGGUUUCUGAGCAGCCCAGAGAGGAGGAGGGUUCAUCCCCAGGGAGGGCCCAGGGCUGGCGUCCCCAAUCCCUGUGCUGUGGGCACAAAGAGACUUCAGCUUUUCCUGUUGCCUUGGCUUUUUCCUGAGCAAAAACACAACAAACAAAAAGGCCAGAGAAGAGCACAGACUCUGUCCCUCUCACAGCUCUCCAGAAGAGACCCCCUGAUUCUUCACACCACCGGAUGCCACUCCAGCCAGCAGGAUUGCUACACACACCCUCUGUUCUCAGAAGUCAUCUGCCUGGGCAGCCGCCUCUCAGAUUCCUGUCUUCGUUUCAGACACUUGCCUCUGAAGCAUGCCCAUGUCCACCAGCCAACGUGCCCGUGUCCCCCCCAUCAGCCAAGCGAUUGGGGCUGAACUAGACUUUAAAAGAGAGGGAAAAAAAAAAAAAAAAAGGAAACCUGAAUAAAUUGGAAUCCAGUGGUGUUGGGGCUUUUGUUUUUAUUUUGUAAAGGUGAUGACUUCUUAUAAACUCAAUUUUUCAGAUGA